GGGGUGGGGGUUGCUGUGGGGGUCGGAGCUGUGGUUGGAGGCGGCGUUACCGGAAGCGCGGUUGCGGGCCCGGAAGCGCGCGUUGCCAGGGUGGUUGCUAAGGCCGCGGCAGCAGAGCAGAGCAGAGCAGCCCCGAGCCCGAGCCAUGGCCCGGGGAAUCCUGUGCGACAUCAACUGGGACAAUGGCUUCGCCAUCCCCGUGGCCAACACUGAGAACAAGGACCUGGAGGCGAAUGUACAAAAGAUGGAGAAGGAGAAAAUUCAUCUGCAGAACAAGCUGGCUGAAUUUAAGGAUCGCAUCCACGCUCUGACACAGCAUCUGAAGAAUGUAAAGCAGGAGUUAAAUUAUACCCAGUCUCUACAACAGGCACGGGAAAAAGAGAUUGAAAGUGAGACACACUUUAAGAUCCUGGCAGAGCGGGAGAUCGAACGCCUGAACCAGGAGAUGCUGCGGCUGGAGAAUGAGCUCGUUGGACUGAAGGAGAGGAAGAAUAUCAUGGAGAAUAACAUCUUCAGGUCCACCCAGAGGAUUGAGGGCUUGAAGUGCCAGCUGAAUUGGGACAAGCAAGCCCUGGAGGCCUGGCUGGAGGAAUCAGCCAGAACUGAUGAGGAUGCGAUCACCAUUGAAAAGUACUCGCAGAGAGACGAAGGCAAGAUAAGGGAUCUUAUGAUUCGAAUGGAGAGGAUGACUGACGAUGCCAACAAGAAGAGGAAGCAACUUGACAACGAAAUGACUGAGACUAUUGCAGCCCAGAUGGAAUUGGAUAAAACAGCGCAAGACUUCCGCAGAGCCCAGAGAGAGAGACAGGAUCUGAUCAAGCAAUGGCAGAAUACGAUUGAACAGAUGCAGAAGCGAGAUCAAGACAUGGAUCAGUGUGCUCUGCAAAUGGCCGAACUGAAACAACAGAUCCGGGAGAGGGAGGCGGUCAUCAAGGAGAAAGCUCAAUUUCUUAAGAACGAGGCUGACAACAACAAUGAGUUUGAGAAGAAGAUCUCCAGCAGUGAGCGGCAGGCCGCUAAAUUGAGGUCGGAGUACCAAACUUACGAGACCAACCGCAUUCAACUGGAAAAUGAGUUUGAGAACUUGAAAAAACGAGUGAACAGGACUGCUUUCGCUCUGGAGUCGUUAAGGACCGAAUUGAAGAAUAUCAAGAAGGAAAUCCAGCUCAAGAACCAAGGUCUGACCCACAGUAAAAACAUCCACGACUCUCUCACCCAAAAACUGAAAGAUAUGACAGAGAACCUGCUGAGCUCUGAGGAACAGGCCACACGAAUGGAGAAGAUGCUAAAAGACGAGGAGAAAAAUAUGAAGGAAAUUGAGGCACAAAUGAAGUACCUGGGAGACCUGAAGUUCAGGAAGACCGAGGAGUUGACCAUUUUGGAAAACACAGAGAAGACAGUUUUGGGCCAGCUGUCGGGGAACAGGGCCACCCUCCGAAACCUCAACAGCCAAAUCACCAAACUGGACCACGAGGCUCUCAAGCAACAGGAAGUGAUAUACAAUCAGGACUUUCAGAUUAUGCGGCUGGAGAGGAAGCUGGCGAAGCUGGAAGGAGAUUUGAACAGCAAUGAGAAGGAUGUGCUGGAGCUGAGGGUAGCGGAGCUCACAAAGAACUUGGAGGAGAAGAAAAUGACCAAAAAUCUGCUGGAAGGGCAGCUGAAAAAACUGCAGAACGAUCUCCGGCAUUUGGUGAAACACCUGGACAAGGGCAACGAGGAGAAAGCUGACCUGAAUCAUAAAAUAGAAGACAUCCACCAUUACCUCGACUCCUCAGAGAAGGAGCUGAAAAGGAAGAGAUUUGAGAAACAGGAAUUAAUGAUAGAGGAUAACCUGCUGAAGCUGUCUGUGAAGCGCCUAAGGGACAUGCUACACCAUAAAGCGGACAAUGUGCUAUCCCUGGAGAAACGCAAACUUCAGCUGCAGACUGCCAUGAAAGAGCGGACAGAAGAAAUCAAGCUUCACAUGGACAUGCUGCACAUUCAACUCAAGCAAACUGAGCAGGAACGGCAGGCCAUCAGUGCUGAAUUGCAUGAACGGUUGUCAAAGAUUGACAAGUUGAAGAAGAGAUACGAGCUGCUGAUGGUUUCCAUGGCACCACCUGAGGGGCAGGAGGACCGAUCUCAAGCUUACUAUGUCAUCAAGGCUGCCCAGGAAAAGGAGGAGCUUCAGAAUGACGGCGAUGAGCUGGACGCUAAAAUCUGCAAGGCUGAGAAAGAACUGAGAGCUCUGGAGAACACGCUUCACUUGCUGAAGACCCAGAACGACACCUAUCACAAGUCCUUCAGCAGAAUCACUGAGACAAGUCAGGAGUAUGAAGACAAACAAAAGGUAGAAGAACAAAAGCGGUCUAUUGAUGAAAAGUACAGAUACAAGCGAAGGCAGAUACGGGAGCUUCAGGAAGACAUUGAGAGCAUGAACGUCAGGGUGAAAACCUUAAACAAGGAGGAUUAUGACUUCAACAUGAUGGUGCACGGGAAAGAAAAACAGAUCAUGAAGCUCAAUCAGGAUUUGGAUGAUCAGAAACUGAAACUGAACAGGGCGGUGAAGCAGUGCUCAAAACUGGUCAAAGAAAUCCGUUUUGCCAAGAGGCUGGACGUUGAGUCACAUGAGGAGCAGGAUAUCAACAUCCAUGAGCUGCGAGAAUUUAACAAGUCAUUGAACAAGAUGCUGAGGGAAGCCAUGGACGAUUGUGAAAGCCUGACUGAAGAUGUCGAACAUUUCUUUCAACAGGCUUCCUUGCCGUUGCCAUCGGUCUCAUUGUUGCCUGGCAGUCAGCGCAGUUCCAGAACAUCUUUGCGUGGCGCUGCACCAUCUGGGAGCCCCAUCUGUUCACUGAGCAGUUCCAUGUCACUGAGUGGGGACAUUCCAAAGGUCAUUGAUCUGGGGCUGGGACUGACUGUGACAUCCCCGACGCUCGGAAUGUCUUCAGGCGGACCCAGCUGCCGAACUAGUGCUCCCUCCAGCGCCAGGAGCCAGCCCAAGUAACUCCCACCAGAGAGCCGCGAGUCACCCAUAGGGUCAAAUAGCUGCUCAAUUCAAUACACGACGUGCUGAAGGAAAUACAGCAUCAUUUAUUGAAAUUCCUAUAUAUGUCGCAUUUAAUAGUGAAUUGUGGCACAACACACCAGUGAUUAACACUGAAAAUUAUAUUGAAUGUUUCUUUAAAAAAUUCAAUACUGUA